GUUCAUGUAUUUAUUUAUUUUUAUUAACGCAAUUUACAACAACAACAAAAUUAAAUAAAUAAAGGACCACUGGCAAGCAAACUAUGGAUGAGGAAAACAUGACAAAAAGCGAAGAGCAGCAUUUGAGUUUGCAAAAAGCCCUGCAGCAGUGCGAACUCGUUCAAAAUAUGAUAGACAUUAGCAUCUCCAGUUUGGAGGGGUUAAGGACCAAAUGUGCCACAACCAACGACUUGACACAAAAAGAGAUGCGAACACUAGAGGGCAAGCUGGUGAAGUAUUUCAGCAGGCAGCUCUCCUGCAAGCGGAAGGUCUCCCUACAGGAGCGCAAUGCAGAGCUGGAGGGCUUCCCACACCUCACACACUGGUUCCGCAUUGUCAACAUGCGCAAGGAGGUCACGGAGGAGAUCGGUCCAGAUGAGCUGACCCUGGAAGCCCUGCUGGAGAUGAGUGAUGAGCAGGUGUGUGAGACCGUGCAGAAGUACGGAGCCAGCAGUGAGGAAUGUGCUCCGAACGGAGCUCUGCAGUGUCUCCUGACUCUGCACAUGAAGGAACAGAGAGAACUAUUGUCAAUGCACAGUAACAGCCAUUCCAAGCAGGACUGGGCCAUCCAGUGGCCAACGUCCGAAACUGGGAAGGAGAACAACCCCAUUAGCCAGCCUGAGCCCAGCCAGUGGAUCCGCUUUCACCUAUCCCAGAGCCCCAAGGUCCAGUCCAAGUACAAUCAGCACUACUGCCAGAGCCCGCAGAGCCUGGGCCCAAACUACAUGCAUGUGGACCGGCUCACGGUGGAGAGCUACCCUGGACUCUUCCCCCCCUUGGAAGGGCACCGCUCCUUACCUCCGUCCCCUCGGCAGCGGCACUUGGCCCACACCCCUCCCCGGACCCCCCCCAUGCAGGCCACCAUGACGCCCCCGGGCACCCCGCCGGUGAGGAGGAGGAACAAGUCGAAAGCGCCGGGAACACCCCCUCCCGCCUCCCGCAAGCUGAUCCACCUCCUGCCCGGAUUCACUUCGCUGCACCGGAGCAAAUCCCACGAGUUCCAGCUGGGGAACAGAGUGGACGAGGCGCAGACACCCAAAACUAAGAAGAAGACCAAACCCCUGAAUCUCAAGAUCCACAACAGUGUGGGGAGCUGUGAGAACAUCCCCUCUCAGCGCUCCCCUCUCCUCUCCCAGCGCUCCCCUCUCCUCUCCGAGCGCUCCCUGCGAUCCUUCUUCGUCGGGUAUCCCUCUUUCCUGCCCUCGACUCCGCCUGUUCACAGCGAUGCCACUUUCUCUGCAAACACACUGUCAGUGCCUCGAUGGUCUCCUCAGAUUCCCCGUAGAGAUCUGGGGAAUUCAAUAAAACACAGGUUUUCCACCAAGUACUGGAUGUCACAGACAUGCAUAGUGUGUGGGAAAGGAAUGCUGUUUGGACUGAAAUGUAAAAACUGCAAGUUGAAGUGCCACAACAAAUGCACCAAAGAAGCCCCACCAUGUCAUUUACUUCUUAUUCAGCGUGGAGGAGUCCAGCAGGAGGGCAGCCACUUAUACACAGCACGUCUCGUUCGAACUGAAUCUGUCCCCUGCGACAUAAACAACCCCCUCAGGAGACCCCCCAGGUAUUCAGACCUGCACGUCAGCCAAACGCUCCCCAAAACCAAUAAAAUUAACAAGGAUCACAUUCCUGUUCCCUAUCAGCCCGACUCCAGCAGCAACCCCUCGUCAACCACCUCCUCCACGCCGUCAUCACCAGGGGACCACCCCUCCCCACAAUGCACCAGGCAGCAGAAGCAGUUCAACCUCACAGCUUCUCAUUAUUACAAGUACAAGCAGCAGUUCAUUUUUCCAGAUGUUACACCAGAGGAGCCAAGUCGGGCUCCACAAGUCAUUCUUCAUCCUGUCAAUUCUGACUCAGCCAAUGAAGGGAAUCCCCUGCUUCAAAUUGAAGUUGAACCUACAUCAGAUAAUGAAGAUGGUAAUGAUGAGGCCAAGGACUCUGAAGAUGAGUUUGAGGAGAUGAACCUCUCUCUCCUCUCUGCCCGGACUUUCCCCCGGAAAGCCAGUCAAACCAGCAUCUUCCUGCAGGAGUGGGACAUUCCCUUCGAGCAGCUGGAGAUCGGAGAGCUCAUUGGGAAGGGCCGCUUCGGCCAGGUUUUCCACGGCCGCUGGCACGGCGAGAUAGCCAUCCGGCUAAUAGACAUUGAGCGGGACAACGAGGACCAGCUCAAAGCCUUCAAGAGGGAAGUCAUGGCUUACCGAAACACCAGACACGAGAAUGUUGUGCUUUUCAUGGGCGCCUGCAUGAGCCCCCCGCACUUAGCCAUUAUUACAAGUUUGUGUAAAGGAAGGACCCUGUACUCUGUCGUGAGAGAUGCCAAAAUCGUCCUGGACGUCAACAAAACCAGACAGAUCGCGCAAGAGAUUGUAAAGGGGAUGGGCUAUCUCCACGCCAAAGGAAUUCUUCACAAAGAUAUGAAGUCUAAGAAUGUAUUCUACGACAACGGCAAAGUGGUCAUAACCGAUUUCGGUCUCUUCACCAUAUCUGGCGUCUUACAGGCGGGCAGCAGGCGAGAGGACAAGCUGAGGAUCCCCAGCGGCUGGCUGUGUCACCUGGCUCCUGAGGUCAUCCGACAGCUUUCACCCGACACAGAGGAGGACAAGCUCCCUUUCUCAAAGCAGUCCGAUGUGUUUGCAUUUGGAACUAUUUGGUAUGAGUUACAUGCACGCGAGUGGCCUUUCAAGAAUCAACCAGCAGAGGCGAUCAUAUGGCAAGUGGGAAGCGGAAUGAAACCUAACCUCAGCCAGAUCGGCAUGGGGAAAGAGAUAUCUGACAUCCUGAUUUUCUGCUGGGCAUUUGAGCAGGAGGAGAGACUGAGCUUCUCCAAACUAAUGGAGAUGCUUGAAAAAUUGCCAAAGCGCAAUCGCCGCCUAUCCCACCCUGGACACUUCUGGAAGUCAGCUGAGCUGUGACAGAUUGAGUGAUGGGACUGUGCCUUUCUUGCGUGAUGCACCUCCCCCUGUGCUUUACUCCCUCCCCAUCGGCCAAGAAUCAGAAGGGGCCGCGGACUGAAUCCAAAACAGGGAAGCCUCACCACCUCCCACCCCCAAACCUUCCCAAAAAAGCACCUGGUUUUCUGACGCUGUAUCUCAGUUCUUCUGACCUCUCGUCUCGUGCCAGUUGUGUUUGUUUGUAUUUAAUUUCACGUGUGUCUUUUUUUUUUUAAAACAUAUCAUGUUACAUUUUCAAAUAUAAAACAUGUAUUUAUUGAUGUAUUUUAUUUGAUCCUCCCAUAUCCUUGUUUGCUCUGCAUGCCUGUGUGCCUCAAUAGGCAUGAACAUUGCACUACUAUUCAGAACUCUGUGGAUAUCAUGAAUGCCUUCACUGUGAAAUCCAUGGAUAUUACUGUUUCGGAACGACAUUACCACACAGUAAUAUGUGAAAGAAAUGUUUUCUCCCAUUUCAGGGACUCGUUUUUAAUUUCUUUCUUUCCUUUUUCCUCAUGUUCUGUGGUAUUCACAUGUGUGUGACUGCUGGAGUUUAGUUAUUUGUUGGUUUGUUCUGUCUAAAAGGUGUCUUUAUACUCGUAUGAUUUGAUUUGCAAAUCAGGUUAGUGAUGUGGUCAAAUUUUAUACUUGUAUGGUUCUUGUAGAUUUUACACAGAUUUUACAGUAACUAACUGGCAAGUUUGAUUUUCUUUUCCUUCAUAUUUCUGCAUGAUAACAAACACAGAGUGUGCUUUAUCAUAUGCUGGCUAACAUUGUGGUAAAACAGUAAAGUUAAAAAUAAUAAUAAUAAUAAAAUCCUCACACUGGUCUUUUUGAAGCUAAUGAUCAUGAACUCCAUUUCCACUGUGAUGUCAAAUAACACUCUGGUCUGAGUUAAAUGAGUCUAUGGUUCUGCAUAGCUAUGCCUUACAAUGGAGAUGAUGGCACCAUCAUAUUGGUUUAAUCUAGACCCCCCCACCCCUCAUUAAAUACGAAUGUCUACAGUUAGCAUUCAAUGUCAACUGCCUGCCUUUUAUUCAUUUUUUCACCUGUGUCACUUCUUUCUGAUUGAUCGGUUCAUUAGUAAUCAAUUCCCCAUUCCAAUUUGAAUUCCUUUGCAGGGACUGGAAUUGAUAUUUAACAUAUUUCAUAAUUGUUGUGAUUGUUCAGCUGCUUUCAUUUGAAACCAAUUUAAUGGAAUUAACAGUGACUUCAGUGUAAAGUGAUGUGCUGCCACUGUGAGAAGCUCAUUUUGAUGGAAUGCUGCCAGUUGCCAUUGUGAUCAAUGAUGUGUUGGAAUCGAUUGAAAGGGGAUGGCAAUGGGAGCUGGGAAUUGAAAGACAGGAUUGGACCCCCAGCUCUGGUUGGGAUGCCCAGGUGGAUGCUCUUCCCCUCCGCUAGUCCCUACGGGUAGUGCCAGUAUUGCCACCUCAUGUUCAUUGGGAUUGCACUGCAGGGCACCACACGAGUUGAAGAGUUUGUAUCGCUUGCUAGGUGUCUUCUUUAUCUGCAGAUCAUUCUGAUGGUUAUCUUUUAAACUGCAGUUUUAAGUGGGGAUACCUCUGUGAGGUUAUGAGUGAAGCUACAUGAUUAUUAUAACCUUUCAGCUGCAGUGCCCUCACUAGCAUCUGACUGCAAACAGUGGUUGCCGACUUACUUAAGUGAGAUUGUCUCCUAUGCUAAAAUAACAUUGUACAAAAGACAAGCUUACCAUGUCAGAAAAGGUGUGCGCUUCACAUGGGCUUGCAAUGCAGACAUUAGGAAAAGACUCUUGAAAAAUAACAGCCAAUUAAAAAAGAGACACACCAAUGAAGAUUUAAAAUAGUUCACAUAUACUAUUUUUUUUUUUUUUUUUUUUGCACUGAGAAAUGUUGGAAUGUUUUACUAGAGAACAAGGACAGGCUGGAGAAAACAAGGCUAUGAAUACAAUUGUUUUGCACAUUUACUGUAUUUUUGCUAAACUAAUUUCACAGCAUUAGAACUCAGAUACUAUAUUAACAACAUGUCAUGUUCGUCAUGCUGUGUUUCACUCAGCGUUCCCAUGACAACCUAUGAAGCCCUAGAGAUAAAAAAGAAAAAAAGGACAAAGUGAUAGAAAAGGGCAUUUGUUUUUCUUCUUUAUGACAGAUUAUUAAGACUGAGAGUCUUCUCAUAGUUGGAAUGGUCUUUAAACCCAAUUAAAAAAGGGCACAUUUGAAUUUGAUCAGAUGCAGCAUAAACCUUACCCAGUACAUCUGUUAUAAUCGACACAGCUUUUCAAAAAAUAUGUAUUUAUUAAGAAGGAAAACGUAAGAUAUUUAUAAUUAUAGGCACAUAGUUUGAAGUCUAAGGCAUAGUCUAAAAGAGGAUUGGAACAGUAUAGAAAUAGCAAGAAACUCCUUCAAAAAACAGAUUGCUGCUCUGUCCUGCAACGCCGUUUUUUCUUGAUGCUUAUUGAAUCCAUCUCAUAAUAUGAAUCCUUCCAUAGUGUUCCAGCGGACUGUAUGGGGCAGGGGGAUUACUAUUCACGAGGUUGUAACAUGUGUAAACACUAGCUUGUGUGCUGUUGCAAAUGUGAUACUCAUUGUUAAACAAUGUCAGUCAAACCUUGGCUUUUACCAGCCAAGUCUGUAAUUAUAUCAUAUAAAAUAAUUGCAACAACAUUGUAAUUACAGCGUAGUUUUAUUAUUUCUACCGACACUACAUAGACACUGGAUGUGGGUCAAUGUUGUUAAGAACUGUAAUAACAUUUAAGUAGCACUUGAAUGCAAGUCUCAUGGUCAUUUUUUCCGAGCAUGGUGAUGGUGAGAUGGCUGCAUCAUGCAGAGUGUGGCUUCAUUAUGGGGGGUGGAAACUGCAGCUGGUGUAUAGAAGGGUCCAGUGGAACAUCAGGGUUCUGUUUUAGCAAGGCAGAGAUUCACUGCAAAACAUCAUGACUAUUCAUUCUUAUCAUACGAACUCUACUCAUCCACUCAGCGUGCACUAGAGAUAGAAACACUCAUUUCAUAUUCACAAGCAUAAGUACUGAAGGCAUUGGAAACGAGUAGCACACAAAAAGGCAACUGUUUAACAGAGAGAGAGAGAGAGAGAGAGAGACAGAAAGCAAUGCACACACAUACACACAUUCACAUAAAAUAAACACACAUUCACACACUGUAUAUACAAGUCUGAAUUAAUAUUCCUUUGAAGUGAGGUUCAGACCAUACUUCAUUGCCCUCUCAUCAUAGACCUGUCAUUUUGUUCUUGCAUGUGCAAUAGCUGUACUGUUGACGCUACAGGAAGACAAACAAAGCGAAGUUUGCUAUAAGUUUGGUAUUAGAACGUCUUUUUCUUGAUCCCCUUGCUGUACUGUAUAAGAGAGAGUGGAGGAUAGUUUAGAUUUGGGAAACUCAGCUCUCUUCUAGUCUUAAUAUAGGGACAAGUGGAAGACACAAAUGCAUGAUUGCCUCGUAUGAGGGUGCAGUUUCUUGCCCCCAUAUAAAACAAUGGAAAAAAAGCAAUAUGUGACCCAAACCACUUAUUUUCAAUAUUUCAUGAAUAAAAAGAUUAAUUUGAAAUUUGAAACCUUUGUGCUUGAGAAGGUUUUUUUUUGGUUUUUUUUGUAGCUAUACCUCAAUUUUUUAUUUUUUAUUCCACAUAAAAAAGUACUGUUGUACCUGUAAAGUGAAAUCUGGGAGCAUGUUCAUGUUUUAGUUACAUAUUCAUAAUGAAUAUAGAGAUUAAAGGCAUGCUGCCUUCUGAAUAUUUUUCUAAAUAGGGGUGGUUGCAUCAUAUUCAUGCACACAUAUCUUCAACUGGACUUACUUUAUUAAUUGACUUCAGAAAUCACAUUAGACCGAUUUGUUAUGAAUGUAAAAUUAUGGACUUCAUAAAUUUAAUAUGUUAACUGAAAAGCAUAUUUUUUAUACAUAAAAUAUUUGAAACUGGAGAUGGUGAGCUGUUCAGCUGAUGUGUGUGGGUUUUAUUUUGAACUUUACUGAAGGUUAUCGUGCAACUUUACAUUCAUUUCUGCAGCUUGAUUGUAAUUACAGCAGACUGUGUCUGGACCCCUGCUGAAAUGCUCUCUUGGCUUCAAUUCGCUUGCAAGUCACUGUUUGAAGUCACAAGUGUCAGUAACUAGCAUGUUUUUUGUGAAUAGUGACUUCGAAAGCUUUGUCAACUGCAAAAGCCUACUUCUGUAAACUAAGAAAAAGUAUGUUUUAUAGUCUUAGCCUGUAUAGUGCUACCAGCUUCAUGGGCCAAUGUGAAUUUUCAGUGUUACUUUUGAUGACUGUUGCAGAAUGAGCUGGGAGUAUUAUCAUCUUCACCAAGUUAGCAUCCUCCUCCUCCUCCUCA